AAUUUAAAAGACAGGUAAUGCUUGCAAAUCUAUUUGCGGGCAUAGAUUGGCAGUUAUUUCAAAUUAAGGGUCAAAAAGCCUUUAGAGAGCUUGUUAACACUGCUUUUAAUGUUUGUGGUCAAGGCAAUUAGCAUGAGACCAGUGUCCAUAUAUAGCAAACCAAAUCAAACUUUUAGAGAGCACAAUGGGAAACAUGACAACAGAGGAUAUGGUAAGGUCUUGUCACUGAAAUGGCAAUGUGCUACUGUUAGAGAAUCUAACAUUUGCCUUUUUUUUCCAUCUACAGACAGCCUAGCUAAAGACAAUUCAAAUUAACUUUCUAUAACUAGCUUUUCAAUUACUUAAAUAUAAUAAAAAGAAAAUCUACAUAAUAACUGCAUAUCCUUCCAGAUGCAGCCACCACUGGAGAAUGAGUCCAGUGUCUUAGUAUUUACACUCUCUGGUCUGAAUGAAACAAUGGAAAACAGAUUUGUGUUUUUUUCUCUCACUGCACUGUUUUAUCCCCUUAUGGUGUUUUGUAAUGUAACUGUAAUUUUCACCAUCAUACUACAUAAGAAGCUUCAUGAGCCGAUGUAUGUGUUUAUAUGUAAUCUCUGCGUAAAUGGACUUUUUGGCACUUCUGGAUUCUAUCCUAAAUUCAUGUAUGAUUUAUUAGCACACGAUCAUGUGAUUUCUUAUGCUGGAUGUCUGAUUCAAAUAUUUGUCAUUUAUUCAUCUGCUUUGUGUGAGUUUUCAACAUUAACAGUGAUGGCAUAUGACAGAUAUGUGGCAAUAUGUAGACCACUUGAGUAUCAUUCAAUAAUGACCAAUCAGAGGGUUUUUAAUUGUAUCAUUUUCUGCUGGCUGGCUCCAUUUGUUUGCAUGUCUGUUUUAAUUAUUUUAAUAUCUAGACUCACCUUAUGUGGCGCUACCAUUGAAAAGUUAUUCUGUGAGAUUUGGGCAGUUGCAAAACUUUCUUGUUUUUCUACAACUGUAAAUAAUGUGUUUGGGUACAUUGUUAUUCUUACCUAUUUUGGACAUGCAGUAUUCAUAUUUUGCUCAUACAUUCACCUGAUUAGAAAGUGUAUAAAGUCAAUAGAGGGCAGGCACAAAUUCAUGCAAACAUGUGUGCCACAUCUGCUUUCAUUGAUCAAUGUGACUGUUGCUUUGCUGUUUGAUGUACUGUACAGUCGUUAUGGCUCAAAGAAAGUGCCUCAAGGUGUGCGUAAUUUCAUGGCUCUUGAAUUCUUACUUGUACCACCCAUUUUAAAUCCUCUCAUUUAUGGACUAAAUCUGACAACAGUACGCCAGCAAGUUAUGAGAAUGUUUUUCAAGAAACAAGUGGGAAUAUCAUAG